AAAAAAACGGACUUCAGGUCAGAGAGGAUAUAUAAAUGUCCAUGCCUAGCUUCUGCUAUGCCCAGUGCCUCCCUGCUCGCGAGCGUGGACUGAAUUGGAGACCAUCUGUUUGUUCUGAGGUGGACGCCCAGGCCAAGCGGGUGUGAAGCAACCCCCUGCAGGAGGCCAGGGAGAAUUUUGAGUUUUGGAUCUAACCUGCCUGCCCCAACAUGUGCACCGGCUCCUGCGCCAAGUGUCUGGGAUGGACCCUCAUCCCUCUGGCUGUGUGCGGCUUUUUGGCUAACAUCCUCUUGUUCUUCCCCGGGGGAACAGUGCUGGAGAACAAAGCCCACCUGUCUUACGAGGUCUGGUACUUUGGAGGGAUCUUAGGAAGUGGGGUGCUGAUGAUCUUCCCUGCCCUGGUUUUCCUGGGCUUGAAGAAUAAUGAUUGCUGCGGCUGCUGCGGAAAUGAAGGAUGUGGGAAGCGCUUUGCGAUGUUCACCUCCACCCUGUUUGCAGCCAUCGGGUUCCUGGGAGCCGGAUACUCGUUUAUUGUCUCCGCCAUCUCCAUCAACAAAGGCCCUCGGUGUCUCACCCACACCGACCCCAACACCAACAACCAGACCUGGAUCUACCCCUUCCAGAACGGGGACUACCUGAGUGACACAUCCUUAUGGAAAAAGUGUCAGGGCCCCACAGACAUUGUACCCUGGAAUCUCACCCUCUUCUCUAUCCUUCUGAUCAUCGGGGGUGUCCAGAUGCUUCUCUGCGCCAUCCAAGUAGUCAACGGCCUUCUGGGGACCCUGUGCGGAGACUGCGGGUGCUGCGGUUGCUGUGGGGGAGAUGGACCCGUUUAAACUCCGACGGUGAACAAGUGCACACCAGAGCCUGAGGCUCCCAUAUGGCGCUCACCUCCCUCUAGGCACCUCUGGAUGCUCACCUCCCC